UCAUCUUAAUCCUGUCAAAUUUUUCUCUAAGCCUCUGGCAGCUUCCUUCAUUCUCAUACUGGAGGAAAUGUUUACAUAAGAUCCUCCCAUUUUUAGAUCUCAAGGCUAUCUCAAGCUUUCUAUUGGAGAAUCUUUGAGUUACACUUAUGAAAUUAGAAAUCUCGUCUCUAACUGUUUGACUGCAUGGAAUCUCAGACACCUUUAUAGUACAUGUUAUUCCCGCACAAAAAUGAACAAGAUCCAUGGUGAUAGCCUCUCCAUCCAUGAUUCAUGAAAGAGUGUUCAAGAACCCUCUCUCUAUUGCUUGUAAGCUACAGUUGAUGUAUCUCCUUCUAACAAGGAGUUUGUUCUGCCUCUUAAACAUAUUUUUGAAGUAUUUCUUAAUUUUUCUAAAAGAGGCUUUAAACUCGACAUCUCUUCUUUGUAAGCAGUUAGGCUUCUUGGUUUGGAAGUCAGAUUUGUUUGUGAGAGUCUUCUUGGAAUUGGGGCACUCCUCUGUGUCACUAGGAAUUAUAGUUUUUAUUUGAUCUUGGAUGCUCUGGGAAACUUCUUUAUUGGGAGUGCUUUCAGAAACCUUCUUCUCUUCUUGAUUUUGUUGUUUGUCAUGAUUUAGAUCAGAAUCGGUUGAAUUAUUGAUUGAUGAAUUUAGAGAAGAAUCCUCCAUAGUUGAUCGUACUCUGGAUAAACCGGAGUAUGAAGUUUUCCUUAGGUUGUAAAACUUUGAGUAUCUUCUUUCACAGGUUGAAUUUUGACUUCCUUUCCCUCCGGAAUAUUGUUGAGAGCGGACAAAAACAUUAUCUGGGUACACCCAUUCUUGAUGACUUCAGAAGCAAGGGCAUUGGGCGAUCUCUGAGAAGGGGUUAUGAUUGCAAUCAGCUUGGUUCAUAUCUUAAA